AGUUAUACAAACCCCGUGGAGGUACCCCUAAAAGAAUCCAGAUGUUUAGGUCUAAUUUACUAUAUAAAAAGAAACUAUUUUGAAUAAGAGAAAGUAUCGGUAAAGACAAGGAAAAAACGAAAAUGAUGCAAAGUUUAAGUUUAUCUUUUUUGGUGCUUUUUUCCAUCUCUGCAAUACAUGGCGCUUCUGUGCGUUCAAAAGAAACGCUCGGACUGUUACGCUUACUUGAUGAUUUGAAAGACUAUAGUCGCAGGGAUAUGAUCAACACUAAAUUAAAAGAAGAACGUAACACAGAAUCACGGAAAAUGGACGAUUUACUGAUGGAUAUCUUCAAGAAAUCAUCUCAUUGCAAAAACACAGGGGACAGCUGUAAUUAUGACUGGCAAUGCUGUUCAAAUGGGGACUGUGAAACUAGCAACUAUGACGCUUGUUAUAGCGGAGCAGCAUGCAGAUGCAGAGGUGCUAAUAUUUCCAAGUGAACUUCCGAGGUUUCCUACAUAUAUACUUUCAGAAAUGUAAGCAGAACAGAAGAGUAAUUCUAUUUUAAUUGAAAAUUGACAUUUUAAAAAAGUCACUACAAACUGAAACGCGAGUUUAUAACAUUUGUGUUUAAACAUGACCAAAAAAAUAUUAUUGUAUAUUGAUUCAUGUAACAGUGGUAAUUGGAAUUCAAUUAAAAUAAGAUGUGUUUUUUUAAA